AUGCCGAAAGAGGAAGAACUUAUGGCAUGCUUCAACAGAGCUUCGCCGGCAUUAGUUGAGAUCUUGAGCAGAUUGAUCAGUGUUGAAAGGCCAACAGAUGUUGAUCACUGCUUAUAUGAAUUUGGAUCGGUUAAAUAUCAUAUUCAGGCUUUAGCAUUAGAACCACAUAACAUAUACUUGUCAGUGUCGACACCACCGCUAUCUCCAGAAUUCCUCCUCUCGAAUGGUCUUCCAAAUUAUAUCUUGCAUGAUAUCAAGAACAUGUACUCUGAUGUUGUCGAACUAAUUAUACCACCAAAAGAAGGAUUUUUGCUGACAAUGAAGGUUGAUGUCACAAAGUUUCCAAAUAACAAAGAUGAUCAAAUGAAGGCGAUAACUGAAAUUUCUUCGAUACAAGCAGCCAUACUUUGUUUGCAAUUGAAAGAUAUGUUAUGGAAUCUUGGUUCUCAGGAUAAAACUAAUGCCAUUUGCAAGCCUAUUAAACUUGUUUAUCAUCCAAAAGAACCAUUCUUCGUCGUCAGAAUGACAGAGAAGAUUACUGCAAUAUUUCCGAUGAGAUUUAAGGAUAAUUCCGAUGUGGUUAUAGCAACUUCAUUCUUUCAGGAACUCAUGGAUGUCGGUUAUUCAUCAGCCUGUGCAAAGGUGCCGCGCUGUACUUGGUCGCCGAUUCCGCCUCAAGAACUCAGAGGAGAGUUAUUUCAUCAUUUAACGACUAAUGGCGGCUUUGUAUCUUUCGAUAUAUUUCCACAACAUGUUAAAGGUGCCAAAGUGGACAAGACAAUGUGGAUUUUACUGAACUUCUAUGCAUAUGUGAAGCACUAUGUUAAGUGUACUCGAGCAUUCAUCCAAAGAAAGAUGAGGCAGCGUCUAGAGAGCAUGGCCGAGGUGUUGCAAAAGGCGAGGAUUGGAGGAGGUGAAGAAGAUCAUAAGACACUUGGAAUUGCUUCUCGAAAAGGUUGUUCGUGUGUUAAGAAAGUUUUUCGACUCUCCAAAUCACAGAUCUUCAGGAAAAAAAUUCAGACUAUCAGAUGGAGGAUAAAAGUAAAAAGAUUGUAUCGAUUUCGCCAGAGAUGGUUCAAGAUUCUCAAGUUCAAUUCAUUUAGAAAGUACACCAAAUUGGAUUGAUAAUAUUUUCACUUUGUAUUCAUUAAAUAUAUAUACAUACAUACAUACGUACAUAUAUACAUAUAUAUAAAAAUAAACUCACCACUUCUUAUCAACCUUAGCAGAUAAAUAAACACCACAAAUUGAAUUUAUUUA